CGGGGCCUAAGUACAGGCCAUUUACCAAAACUCUCAGUGUAAUAAAACUGUUUUUCUGCUGUCUUUUAAGUUUAGAUAUAGAUUUGUUGACACCCUGAUUUCUUUGCGUAUUCUCCCUGCUGUUUUUUUCUGAUCUUAUUCUGUGAUCUUAUUAUGUGUUCUAGAUCCAACACUCCAGAAACAAGCAGAUGAAGGAAAUGUUCCCAGAAGGCUUUGGGAUCCACCAUGCUGGCAUGCUGCGGUCUGACCGUAGCCUCAUGGAGAACUCGUUCUCUAAAGGCCACCUGAAAGUUCUGGUCUGCACUGCCACUUUAGCCUGGGGAGUGAACCUGCCAGCCCAUGCAGUUAUCAUUAAGGGAACUCAAAUCUACGAUGCAAAGCGUGGUGCCUUUGUGGACCUGGGAAUUUUGGACGUCAUGCAGAUUUUUGGCCGAGCGGGUCGACCUCAGUUUGACAAGUACGGAGAGGGCACCAUCAUCACCACCCAUGACAAGCUGAGUCAUUACCUCACCCUGCUCACCCAGCAAAAUCCCAUCGAGAGUCAGUUCCUGGGCAGCCUAGCUGACAACUUGAAUGCAGAGAUCGCUCUGGGAACUGUGACCAAUGUGGAGGAGGCUGUGAAGUGGCUCAGUUACACAUAUCUAUAUGUCCGGAUGAGGGCCAACCCACUGGUGUAUGGCAUCAACCACAAAGCCUUUCAGAUGGAUCCAGCUUUGGAGCUGCACAGGAAGGAGCUUGUGGUGGAGUCUGGCCGGAAGCUGGACAAGGCCAGGAUGAUCCGCUUUGAUGAGCGCACCUGCUACUUCGCCUCUACAGACCUGGGCAGGACAGCCAGCCACUUCUAUAUUAGAUAUAAUACCAUUGAGACAUUCAACGAACUUUUUAACUCACAGAAGACUGAAGCAGACAUCCUCAGUAUUGUGUCCAAGGCAGAGGAGUUUGAUCAGUUGAAGGUCCGUGAUGAGGAGUUGGAGGAGCUGGAUCAGUUGCUGCAAAACCAUUGCAUCCUUUCUGCAGCGGGCGGUGUGGAGAACAGUUAUGGCAAAGUUAACAUUUUGCUGCAGACUUACAUUGGAAGGGGAGAAGUUGAUAGCUUCUCACUCGUCUCAGACCUGUCAUAUGUGGCACAGAACGCUGCUCGGAUUGUCAGAGCUUUGUUCGAGAUCGCUCUGAGGAAGCGCUGGCCUGCCAUGACCUACCGACUGCUCAACCUCUGCAAGGUGAUCGACAGGCGACUGUGGGGCUUUGCCCACCCUCUUCGCCAGUUCCCCAACCUGAGCCAUGUCAUACUCAAUCGCUUGGAGGAGAAGAGGCUUACAGUGGACAAACUGAAGGAAAUGAAGAAGGAUGAAAUUGGUCACAUGCUGCACCAUGUCAACAUUGGAUUAACUGUCAAGCAGUGCGUCCACCAGAUUCCUGCCUUCACAAUGGAGGCGAGCGUCCAGCCAAUAACACGCACAGUUUUACGUGUGCGACUCAUCAUCACUCCUGAUUUCCGCUGGAAUGACCAGGUCCACGGAUCUGUGGGUGAGCCAUGGUGGUUGUGGGUGGAAGACCCCAUCAAUGAUCACAUCUACCACUCUGAGUACUUCCUCCUGCAGAAGAAACAGGUGGUAACCAAAGAGCCUCAGCACAUAGUAUUCACCAUUCCCAUCUUUGAGCCGUUACCCUCCCAGUACUACAUUAAGGCAGUUUCUGAUCGCUGGCUUGGAGCCGAGGCUGUGUGCAUCAUCAACUUCCAGAACCUCAUUCUACCUGAGCGACAUCCUCCACACACUGGUACACAUAAGCAAACACACACACAAUGUCCGACCAAAUUCAAGAAAGCCACUGGAUUUAUUAUUGCAAGCAGAAAACCUCCCACAUGAGAAGUACUCCACUUU